UUUUUCGCUAUUCAAAAUGGCACCCUCUCAAUCAGGAAGUAGAGAAAACAAGUAGCGGCGAAUAAGUUGGAUAAAAUUGCCCAUUUUCAUCGAUUUGACGUCGGCCGCGGCUCGACAUCUGCCCGCGUGUUCGGAGGUCGGACUGGGACGAAGCAAAGACGACGAAGCGGUCAUGGAGAGUGGUUUUCCGUGAGAGAGGUACAAUCUGGGACAGCGCCAGCAGCAGGGUUGGCAGUUUGGGCCAUAGUAGAGGUCAUCUCGUGGUCAUGUGUGCAACUCCAGUUUGAUGCCCACCCUCCCCUCAGCGCUGGCCAUGGACGGGGAGAACUACCUGCAUCCAGAAGGCCCUCAGCUGGACACCAGCUUGUUCGUUGUAACCCCCUCAAACAUGGAGAGUUCUCUCUUUGGCUCCCCUGGCUCCUGGAGGUCCUUCUCUCAGCAGGCCGGAUACAGCGUGCACUGCCCUAUGCAAUCCGGAAACCAGCAAUACCACAGCAGCAGCGCUCCCGCCGCCACUACACCGGAUGUGCACCUUGACAUAUACUCUGCGUUCUCAGACAUGGAUUUCCCUUGCCUCAACCGGCCCAGAAAUGGCGAUUUCUCCCAGGAUCUGUCCUGCAUCGAUGACAUCUCCAACAAUUCCCUGUUCUCCUCUCCGGCCGACUCACUGUCCGAGUAUGCCGACGCCCAGUCCUUCAUUAGCACCGAUCACCUGGACACGGUGCCCACAAUCUGGGACGUCAACACGAGUACCACCACCACCGCCACCAACGGCGCCGCCACUACACCAGCACAGAACCAGCUGGAGCUUAAAGGCUCCAGCAGGUUUCAGGGCUUGGCCAGUUUGGAUGAUAUAACCGCUAUAAUCAGCGUGCCACCUUUAGGAGGAUUUCAGACUCAGAGAGCCCAAUCACCCCCGGAGGAAGAGGAGGAAGCAGAGGAAGAGGAUUCAGAGGAACUGGGCCAUGUCGACACGUAUGCUGAGUACAGACCUUCCAAAUCCACUAUCGGAAUUUCCCAUCCCGACAUCGUGGUGGAGACCAACACUCUGUCCAGCGUCCCUCCUCCGGACAUCACAUAUACUCUGUCUAUACCCGAGUCGACCAUUAACAGCGGCCUGCUCUCCGCCCUGCAGCUAGAAGCCAUCAUCUACGCAUGUCAGCAACACGAGGUCAUCCUACAGAACAACCAACGGGCAGGCUUCCUGAUUGGAGAUGGCGCCGGCGUGGGAAAGGGACGUACUGUUGCGGGAAUCAUCCUGGAAAACUACCUUAAGGGAAGAAAAAAAUCACUAUGGUUCAGCAUAUCCAAUGACCUGAAAUUUGAUGCAGAGCGAGAUCUCAAAGACAUCGAUGCACCGACUAUUCCCGUGCAUGCCUUAAACAAAAUUAAGUAUGGAGACACAGCUACCUCAGAAGGAGUCCUCUUUGCGACCUACUCUGCGCUGAUUGGCGAGAGCCAGGCGGGUGGGCAGCACCGCACGCGGAUUAAACAGAUCCUGGACUGGUGCAAGCCGGAUUUCGACGGAGUUAUUAUUUUUGAUGAAUGCCACAAAGCCAAGAAUGCCACGUCAACAAAGAUGGGCAAAGCGGUGCUUGAUCUGCAGAACAAGCUGCCACGGGCCAGAGUGGUGUAUGCCAGUGCCACAGGUGCCUCUGAGCCAAAGAACAUGAUCUACAUGAGCCGCCUGGGUAUUUGGGGCGAGGGCACGCCUUUCAGGGCCUUUGACGACUUCCUGCACGCCAUCGAGAAAAGAGGCGUGGGCGCCAUGGAGAUUGUCGCCAUGGAUAUGAAGGUGAGCGGGAUGUACAUAGCCAGGCAGUUGAGCUUCUCAGGGGUGUCUUUCCGCAUUGAAGAGAUCGGACUGGACAGCGACUUUAAGCUGGUCUACAAUAAAGCCGCCAAAUUGUGGGCAGAGGCACUGCAGGUCUUCAUGCGCGCCGCCGACGAGCUGGGCCUGGUCAGCAGGAAGUCCCUGUGGGGCCAGUUCUGGUCGUCUCACCAGCGCUUUUUCAAAUACCUCUGUAUAGCUGCCAAGGUCCGCUGCCUGGUGGAGUUGGCCAAGAAAGAGCUGGAGGCAGGAAAGUGCAUCGUCAUUGGCCUGCAGUCUACCGGGGAGUCGCGCACCAGAGAGGUUCUGGACGAGAAUGAUGGUCGCCUUGACCGAUUUGUCUCCGCCGCAGAGGGAGUAUUCCAGUCUCUUGUUACCAAACAUUUCCCUUCUGAGAAGCAGAGGAGAGAGAAGGCACCGGGGAAUAAGAGAAAACGCAAGCCUCGAGGUCGCCAUCCGAAGGUACCCAAGCACACGGUGGACAGCGUCGGCGUCAUAAGCAUCAACAGCGACGACAGCAGCACCGACUCUGACGGCAUGGACACCGAUUCCAACUCGUCUCCGGACUCGCUGCUGGACAACGAUGAUGUCAUUUUUGUCAACCACACCAGCUGCCACACUGUCAGGAUAGAGGAGAUGAAGCAGGGUCUCCUCAAUAAGAUUGCACAACUGGGAAAAGAACUACCUCUCAACACCCUGGACGAGCUUAUUGAUAAGUUUGGAGGGCCUGAUAAAGUCUCUGAGAUGACCGGGCGUAAGGGUCGUGUGGUGCGACGUCCUGAAGGUAUCGUCCGUUACGAGUCACGCGCUGAGCAGGGUCUCACCAUUGACCACAUCAACAUCAAGGAGAAAGACCGCUUCAUGAGUGGAGAGAAGCUGGUGGCCAUCAUCUCCGAAGCAGCCAGCUCUGGAAUUUCCCUGCAGGCGGACAAGAGGAUAAAAAACCAGCGGCGGCGAGUCCACAUGACACUGGAGCUACCUUGGAGCGCAGACAGGGCCAUUCAGCAGUUUGGCCGUACCCAUCGGUCCAAUCAAGUGACAGCUCCAGAGUACAUCUUCCUCAUCUCGGAGCUUGCCGGCGAGAGACGUUUCGCCUCCAUCGUUGCAAAGAGACUGGAAAGCCUGGGUGCGUUAACACAUGGCGACAGACGGGCGACUGAAACCAGAGACUUAAGCAAGUACAACUUUGAGAACAAGUAUGGUACUAAGGCUCUGGAUAAAAUCACCAAAGCAAUUUUGGGCCACAUAGAGAACAAGGUGCCCGUGCCUAAAGAUUACCCCGGAGGUGACGCCAUGUUCUUCAGAGAUAUGAAACAUGGAAUGAUGGAUGUGGGCAUCUUCUGUCGGGAGUCUCGCUUUGGCAUCAAUACGGAGAAAGAUUGCAGCGUUACCAAAUUCCUAAACCGAAUCUUGGGGCUGGAGGUCCACAAGCAGAACCAUCUCUUCCAGUAUUUCACAGAGAAUUUUGACUACCUAAUAGAAAAAGACAAGAAAGAGGGCAAAUAUGACAUGGGCAUCUUAGAUUUGGCUCCAGGUAACGAUGAGAUUUAUGAGGAGAAGCAGGAAAUCUUUAUGACAGUGGGGAACCCUCAGGAUGGCCAGGUGGUUCUUUACCAGAUCAGUGUGGACCGAGGUAUGCCUUGGGAUGAAGCCAGCAACAGGUUUCUCAGUCUCACUGGUGCUGACGAGGGCUUCUACAUGUCCCGGAAGCCUCGAGGUAACCAGCCUUGCGUGUUGCUCGCUGAGCAAGGGAGAGGCAAGAACUUUAUUGUUUACAAGCCCAACAUCGGCAAGCAGACUCAUCCUGAAAGCCUUGAAAACCUGCAGCAACGCUAUCGGAAGGUGACUCCAGAGGAGGCCAAGGACUGCUGGGAGAGCCGGUUCAGCUUCUCCUUGAAGAAGUGUAGCCAUGCCAACUGGAACGGCAAAUGCAAGAAAGUGGAGGAAGGCCAGGAGUGCUUCCAGGGUAUGCGUCUGCGCCAGUACCACAUGCUGUGCGGCGCUCUGCUGCGCGUUUGGAAGCGCGUGUCCGACGUGGUGUCCGACAUCACCAACUCCAACAUCCUGCAGAUUGUUCGCCUCAAGACCAAGCAGCACAACAAGCAAGUUGGCAUCAAGAUCCCCGAGAACUGCGUGGCCCGGGUGCGCGAAGAGCUUAUGCUAAUGGACGAGGAGGUAAAGCGGAGGCGCAAGGAGCGCGAGAAGCAAGCCGUGGAGCAGCGUCUGGCCGAGGAGCGCAUGCGCAAGAUGGAGCAGGACAACAAGCACCUGCUGGCAAAUCUGUUCAGCCAGAAAGCCAUGCCCACCCAGUCACUGGCCCAUUCGCUGGUUCACGGUCAACUCCUCAAGCAGAAACUGAACCCGCUGCAGAAGACGCAAGUGGCGGGCAUGGCUCAGCUGCAGAGGAUGCAGGCUGCCUUGAGCAGCAGCAGCAGCAGCAGCAACAGCAGCAGCACCCACAGGGUCAGGCUCUGCUGUCUUUACCCCCAAACCCCCAAGUGACUCCGAGCGGCUGGCCCGGCAAGUCGGCCGCCUCCAAGCAGCAGCAGCAGCAGCAGGCGGCGGCGCGCAAUGCGGUCGUCCACAGCUCCAACUUCUCCCAGUUUUACCGUCAUUCCUUCUUACCCUCCUUCCCGCAGCCCCUUCAU